CAGACCCACGCGUCAAGAACUCGAAAUCUCUCUGUCAUCAUGUCGAAAGUGAAGAACUUAUUCGCCAAAAUGCUGCAGCGUUUGGGCAAAAACCACGCAAAUACCGACAGUCAGCGGUACGAUAGCUUGGAGGAGAUUGCCCAGAACCAGGCCAACGAGAGGAUGUUGCGGGAGACCCAGGGGGGCGUGGAGGAGCACCUGGUCAUCUGCCUGGAGACGGCGGCAGGCAGCUUCUAUUGGCACUCGCAGUAGCAGCUCCGGCAAUCUGGGCAGAAUGAUUGCUGAGAACCAAAUCAUCGGCUAUCACAAUUGCUGGCGAGUCAACAACAGCAAUUAUAGUAAACACAGAAGCAGCAGCAGCCACUCUGGUUGCAACAACAGCAGCAACACGACGAAAGAUGCCACAAACUGCAAUUAUUAUUGCAGUGUCAACAGCAAAAUCCAAAAAUUCAGAGCAACAAGGAGUACAGCAGCAGCAUCCCAAACAAACUGCAAUUAUUAUUGCAAUGUCAACCUGCAGCGACACCUCAAAGAGCCAAAAGCCCAGUAGCAACCAAGGGGACCCCUUAAGCAACCGCAAAAGCCACUUGGCCAACAAAAUCUACAAUAACCUGUCAACAAAAAAGCGAGAACAUCAAGAGCCAAGACAGUAGCAGCCACAUAAACUAUAACAAUUGCAGCAAUGUCAACAGUAGCAACAUCUCAAGAAAUCACCACAACAGUCUCGAACAACAGCAGCAACGUCAAGCAAAAACCGGUAGUUAGAGCAGGCCAAAGCGACUGAAUGGAUGAAUGAAUAAUACAAAGCAUAUCAUCAUUCGAUUUUCAAUGAAUGAAUGGAGCUGUCAAUGGCAUGGGGUGGAGCACCAAGUACCCAAGGGAUCUCUCCAGUGGGUAUCCUAGGGAUAUUAUUAUGAUAAAUAUAAAAUACAUUUGUGAUAUAAACUCAAGCUAGUUAGUGUACUAGAAAUGUUAUUAGCUUUUAAGACAUCAAAAUAUAAAGAGAAA